AUGGCAUUAGAAGUCGGCAAGGUCCAAACCUCUCAUCUUAUCAGCAAUCAUCAGGGUGUGAUCUCGGAUCAUGUUCCUGGCACGGAGGUUCUAAUCAUCCAUGAGUCGCAUGGAACAUAUGGAGAUGAAUUGAUCCUGAUUCCAAAACCGCAAAAUGAUCCUCACGACCCUCUUUUUGAUACCACUGAGUCAAAAGUCGCUGCCCUGACAGGUGCUUGUAUCUUGGCGUUAGGCUAUGCGAACUUCAUCAUCAUUCCCUGUGUCAACAUAUUCGGUCGUCGAUCCACAGCUCUUGUUUGUAUGCUGAUAUGUAUCGGCGCAAACAUCUGGCAAGCUGUGAGCACAUCAUAUCACUCCCUCCUUGGCGCCAGAGUCUUGAUCGGAAUAGGCGCUGCAUCAAGUGAGAGCAUUAUGCCGGUGGUCAUAUCAGAUAUGACGUUCCUGCAUGAAAGGGGUACGUGGAUGGGGGCUUAUUUUUGGGCCUACUUUUUCGGCGGAUGGGUUGGACCUAUUGUAUCUGGUAGCAUUGCCGCUCAUGUGUCUUGGCGAUGGUUCUUCUGGCUGUCAACCAUUUUGAAUGUGGUGAGUUUUGUUGGGAUGUUCUUUGCUCUGCCCGAGACAAAAUACUCCAAUAUAUCGGGUCUACCAGCGGAUGCAAGAGAUGAAACAACCGAAAGCGUGACACCAACCUCCAUGUUGAAGGAAAAGUCGAAUUCCGAGCCAAAGCAAGCAUCUGACAUUGAUAUGGAGCGCCAAACAAAUACAGCGGAGCUGAAUUCAUUUUUGGGCUGCGGGUAUCCGAGUUCAAGACAGAGGUGGCAACUUUGGAGCAAGCCGGAAAGCAUGACAUUGAAGCAACUAUGCAGAUAUGUGAUAACCCCGCUUCAUCUCGCGAUCUUUCCAAUUACCCUCUUUGCAUCUCUGGGUGUCAUGUCAGGUUCAGCAUGCUUGCUGGUCUUGAACUUGACCGAGUCGGAAGGAUUCUCUCGUGCUCCGUACAAUUUCUCGACGGCGUCGGUGGGGUUUACAAAUUUUGCACUGAUGGGAGGGGGUGUUGUUGGUCUGGCUGCAGCAGGGCCACUAUCCGAUUGGGUUUCCAUGGUAUUGACGAAGAGAAAUAAUGGCGUUCGAGAGCCAGAAAUGCGUCUUCUGACAUUCAUACCUUUUGUUGCUAUUGCAGUUGUGGGAAUGACGGUUGCUGCUGUUGGUCUUGAGCGACUUUGGCCAUGGGAAGUGAUAGUGAUUGUUGGCUUUGGCUUGACGGGAGUUAUUGUCAUGGCAAUCCCGACCAUCGCGACCACUUAUGCGAUUGAUAGCUACAAAAAUGUGGCUGGUGAAAUCAUGGUGUUGGCGACGGUCGCAAAGAAUACAUUUGGGUAUGGAAUGACCUAUUUCAUAAUCCCGUGGGUAACGGAGCAUGGGUUCCUUUAUCCCAUUAUCACGGUUGGUAUGAUUGCGGUAGGUAUUACACUUGUCGGGGUUAUUGUUUUCUUCUUUUUCGGGAAGACAUUUCGACGAUGGACAAGAGAUUCAGGUAUCCAUCAGUAA